AUGAAUUGUAUAUCAAACAUAUAUAUAUUUGCUCUUUAUUUCAAAAAAGAUUUAAAGGAAUCAAAGAAACCGUUUGAUUAUGAUGAAUGGUGUAGGGAGAUCGAUCAACACCCAGCAUUUAUGACUGUUUUAAAACCCGAUAAAGACGGCGAAUUUUCCGAGGCUGUUCAAGCUUUGCAGGCAUUAAAAUACGACGAAGAUGAAUUGGAGGAUCGGCAGGCAUCUGCCGAAAGACACAAAAUAGAUGGCAAUAAACAUUUUAAAUAUAGGAAGUACCACUGGGCUAUCAAUCGAUAUACGGAUGGCAUUAAUCAAAGAUGUACGGAUCGACUACUGAAUUCAAUAUUAUAUGCUAAUCGAGCUGCCGCUCAGAAACGUGUUGGUAAUAUUGGCUCUGCUUUCAGAGAUUGUUUCUUUGCUCGGAAGUUUGAUCCUGAAAAUGUGAAGGCAAUUAUUCGUGGUGCAGAAUGUCUGGUGGAACUUGGUCGAGGAAAGCAGUGCAUAGACUGGCUCCAAAGCAGUAAGGAACAUUGUAAAAAUGAAAAGUUUAUACCAUGUAAUCGUAGUCGUAAAGUGGAUGAUGACUACAUAAAUGAGCUGUAUGAAAAAGCGCAGCAACUUGUCUUAGUUGAGGAACGAAAUGAGCGAAAGAGGCGACAAAAUGCUGCGAAAGAUUUGAGUGCGAAGCAACGAUUAUUAUCAGCAUUUAAGGUGAGAGAUAUUAAUUUCCGGCCACCUAUAUGCUUUGAUAAUCCUGAAUUGUUCGAAUGGUCACAAAUUGAAGUACAGCUGGCAUCUCUGAAAGAGUCUGAAAAAGUCUAUGUGGAUGAUUAUGGCGUAUUACAUUGGCCUAUACUGGCGCAGUAUCCGGAAACAGGGAAGGUUGAUCUGCUAACUGAAUGCUCCGAAGAAAGUUCAAUAAAUGAUGUCUUCUAUGAAUUGAUGCCUGAGUCAAAAAUUCGGGAAGCAUUCUCUUUACCAGGAUUUAUUGUUGUACAAGGAUUACCAACUGUUCAGGCAAAACUUUUCACAAACGAAGAAAACUGAUGGGUCAUUCACAUCAUCGUGAAUAAAUUUUGCAUCACGAUGAAAGAUAUUC